ACCUUGCAUACUAGAGUAGCAAACACGGUGCGUUGGCGUGUGUCACAACUUCCUUUUCAGCUGAAAAACCUCAGAUCAAGAGGCUCUGAAGAACACGAGGUACCUUUUGAAGAGAACGUCUGGAGUCAUUUUCUCAGCGUCCUUGCUGGACCACUCUUGAUUGACAUGUCAAACCCCGUCAUCACUCAACCUGGUGCAGGCUCUUAUGGUACAAAUGUGCAGACAGGAGAGUGGAGCACUGGUCUUUGUUCUUGCUGCAGUGACCUAUUUGUCUGUGCCCUUGGCUGUAUCUGUCCAAUAGCUCUCAGCUGUUACACGGCAAACAAGUAUGGAGAGAAUGUAUGUCUCUCUUGUAUACCUGGAGGAAUGACUGCUUUGAGGACACAUAUGCGACUGACCUAUGGAAUACAGGGCACAAUAUGCAAUGAUGCUUUGAUGGCUUGUUGCUGUGGAAUAUUUGAAACAUGUCGAAUGGCCAGAGAAAUUCGUAUCAGGAAUGGAGAGACCUAAUUCCUGUCUUUACUAUGAACAGUUUUCUUUUUUUUUUUUUAAAGCAUUCAUGUUUAAGUAAAAUAAACAGUGUCAUGCAUUAAAUUAUAAUCUUUAUUUUCAAAAUUAUUAUUUAACAAACUAUUAUAAAUAUAACAGAUUUACAAUACAAGGGUUCAAUGCCAUUUAAAAAAAUUUAAUUUGUGGAAAUCUAAGGCUGUAAUUAAUGCAAUAUUCAUUCAUGUACAUGCCAAAAUGCAUAAUUAGUGUUUUACAGUACUGGAGUUUGGUGUCAUUUUAAGUACUACCACACACACACACAAUGGAAUCAUGUAAAAAAACUAUGAAAUGUAAUUCAUGUCUAAAUAAAGCUUUUUGAAU